UUUACCUUGAGUAUCUAUCCCCUGCAGCUAUCUCCCACUGUGCCUGGCUGCCUCCCAUCAUUGUUUGAGACAGCGUCUUCUCCAAGCUGACCUACUCAUCUAUAGUCCUUGUGACUCAUCCAUGUGGCUGGGAUGGGGCUUGAGUUCUUGAUCCUCCCCUCCUGUCUUAACCUCUUAAGCUCCCCUGUGUGAAUUUUGCCUACUGCUACGUUGGCCUCUCUCAGCCAGGUCUUGUGAGGAUCCUAGGCUUUUCCUGAACACCAGAGAAGGGUUGGUAUGGUGACUCCCACUUUUGGUCUGCUCACUGGGGCACUGCAGAGGUGCCUGCCAGAUGCUAAAAGCCACAGCCACCCAGGUGCCAGGCCAGCAGACUGCUUGUGCUUAGAAUGCUUAGCUGUAAGUUGCUGAUAAAAAUGUAGCCAGCUUUAAAGCUGGAUAUUGUGUUUCAUUUUUGAGGACAAGUCCCACAGAGUAGCCCAGGCUGGAACUCAGUAGGCUGUUGACUAUGGUGGCCUAGAGCAUGAAGUAAUCCUCCUGCUGCAGUCUCCUAAGUGCUGAGAUUACAGGUGUGAAUCACCUGGAGCUCAAGAGAUCCAGCUGCCUCUGCUUCCAGAAUGCUGGGAUUAAAGGCAUGUGCCACCACAGCCCAACUAAGCCUGUUUUCUAUAUAUAUUUAUGUGUAUAUUUGAUCAGUGAGUGCAUGUAUGUGGUAGCAUGGAUGUCAGGUCAGAGGGCACCCUUUCAGAGUUGGUUGUCUGUUUCUAUCAUGUUGGUCCCAGGGUUUGAAUUGAAGUCAUCAAGCUGACCAAGACCAAGUUUACAGCCGAUUUGGAAACCUUUGUUUGGAGUAAUGUGUGUGCAUGUUCCAAUGUGCACAUGCAGAGGUCAGCCUCGGGAUCUUUCAGAUGCAGUCUUUUCACUGUUGGCCCUUGAUAAGCAGGUGUGAUGACAACCAUACCUGCUGUCCUAGCAUUCGAGGUGGAGGCAGGAGGGUCAGGAAUUCAAGCUUGUCUUCAGCUGUUCACAAGUCUGAAGCCACCACGGACUAUAUGAGUAAUUACCUCAGAAACACAAGAAGGGUUUGGUGGCAAGCAGUCUUGACCCCAGCACUCAGGAGGCAGAGGCAAGCAGAUCUCUGUGAGUUUACUGACAGCCUGGUCUACAUAGGGCAUUCCAGGACACCCAAGGCUACAUAGUGAGACCCUGUCUUGAAGGGGGUGUACUUACUGUGAUAAUGGAGGUGAUAAUAUAUUUAUGGACCCAGGUUCAAUCCUCUGAAACGACACACAAAGAUGGGAAGCAGGUAAGCGUGUAAGCUAGCUGGCCUAGCCACUGAAGGACUGAAGAGAUGGCUCAGGACACUCGCUGCACUGGAAGCGGACCUGAGUUCUGCCAUCCCCAUCCUCUCUGACUGGGGGAGAAGCAGUACUGUCCCCUACCAUCAAGUGAGCGCUAUGGCACCUUUGCAUGGCCCACAAACACCAGAUACGAAACCCUAACCUGAGCAAACAGGAGCAAAUUUGGUGGGAGGUGGGGUGAUGCUUUGCAAAGUCUAGUGAGGACAGAGGGUAUUGCCCAGCCUGUCCUGUGAAAAGGUCAGAGUUUUGGGCCAGAAUAAGCUGUGGAGAAUAAUGGUCUCUCUCUUUAACCCUGGGUACCUUAUAACUCUCUAUCCUCCUGCCUCAGCUUCCUGGAAUCACAGGUAUGUUCAGCUCUUCUGGCUUACCUGUUUGUUUGUUUUCCUUUUGAUUUUUUUUGAGACAGGGUUUUCUGGUAGCUAUGGAACCUGUCCUGGAACUCACUCUGUAGACCAGGCGGGCCUCAAACUCACAGAGAUCCAUCUGCCUGUGCCUCCCAAAUGCUGGGAUUAAAGGUGUGUGCCACCACUACCUGGCAGAUGGCUUAUCUGUUUCUUAGGGAUGAAUCUCUGUUAGGGCCCCAAACACCCCAAGUUCCAACCUAAGUAUUCUGAUGCUUGGGUGGUACCUGUUAGGGCCAUGAUGGGCUCUUGAGAUCCUCACCAGCCCUAGUGUGGACUUCACAUCCUGUUCUGAUCAUUUCAGGCAUCGGAGGCGGAGGAGAAAGAGAUGGACCCCCCAGACUCGGCCUCAAGGGUCUUCUGUGGACACUUCCUCAGCAUGGUGAACACUGAUGAUGUCAAUGCCAUAAUCCUGGCCCAGAAGAACAUGCUGGACCGCUUUGAGAAAACCAAUGAGAUGCUUCUGAACUUCAACAAUCUGUCCAAUGUGCGGCUGCAGCAGAUGAGUGAGCGCUUCAUGCACCAUACUCGCACCUUGGUGGACAUGAAACGGGACCUGGACAGCAUCUUCCGAAGGAUCAGGACACUGAAGGGGAAGCUGGCCCGGCAGCAUCCAGAGGCUUUCAGUCACAUCCCGGAGGGCUCAUUCCUAGAAGAUGAAGAUGAAGACCCCAUUCCACCCAGUAUCACCACGACCAUCGCCACCUCGGAGCAGAGCACAGGCUCCUGUGACACCAGCCCUGACACUGUCUCAGCAUCUCUCAGUCCUGGCUUUGAGGACCUAUCACAUAUUCGACCUGGUUCCCCUGCCAUCAACGGCCACAGCCAGACAGAUGACGAGGAAGAGACGCAUGGAGAAUAGCCCCCUUCCCGCCAUCCCAGAAAGGAUCAGAGCAGCAGUGGUCCUGCUGGGGUCACAAUCGGUCAGCUCUGCUGCUCCAUUGGGUCAUAGGCAGGGUCCCUAAUUCCUGCCCCUCCUCCUAAGAGCAGGACUUCCCCUUGCCCCCACAUGCACCCAGCUGGGGCAGUGGGGCUGGCUACAGGUAUAUCCUUGAGCUAAGCCUGGGCAAGUCCCCAGAGACCAAAGCUAGAUGUUCCCUACACCAUGGUGGGGCCCCCUGGAGGCAGAAGGUGCCUGCAGGGCUGAGCUUGUUCUACCCUCUGGCAGCUGCUGACUUGACUCUGGUCUCCCUGUCCUCUGUGGAGUACUUUUUCCCUGUCGUGUUGAAUUCUGGACAAGGAAGAAGGUUCAAGAGAGGCAGCCUUCACUCUGUGGGCCGCUGUUUCUCACAGGACAAGCAGCUGUCUCCGGGAGCUGGCCAGUCACCUUAGAAAACAGCUGAUUGAAUAUUUUUGUAUCAAUGUUUCGGAUGCUGUUGGGAAGUUACCAGUAAAGGCUUACUAAACAGGA